UCGGCGUAGUAAACCAUGAAUGAACACCCCCGCGUGACAGUGACAUUUCUGUCAAAACACCCCCAAAAUUCCCAGUGAACAUCCCUCCAAAAUGCCACACUAAAUCAGGCAGAGAUGGCUUCAAACGUCCCGGAAAAAAACGAAGAAAACGUGCCUGAUUGGGUCCUGGCAAAGCGGGGAAUCAACUUUCUAAUCAACAACAAUGCUAAAGAAGCCCAAGAGUUGUUUUCUUCGUAUCCGGAGAGUCUACCAAUGUGUGCUGGCUACUCAUUUGCCGCGUUCAUGGAUGCCUUAAUGACCUUCGAAGACGACAAACUCAACCUGGCAACUUCCGUCCUCAAGGAAGUUGAACGAAAGUGCACUUCUGAAACCGGUUGGUUCAAAUCGGUCAAAAAAGCGUUCGGUUCCAGCGACAACAACUCGCUUGCCGAAAAUCUAGAAACGCAGAUAAUUCUAGCCGACUCGCAAGUGUGUCUGGCGAUCUUGACUUUCCUGCAGCAGGACAUUUCCGGGUAUUUCAAGGGCGGCUGGGUGCUGAGGAAGGCCUGGAAGGUGUACCAAGGCACCUACCAGGAGAUCCUCCACUUGUACAAGGAGGCAGGCGGCGAAGUCGGCGCCCCUUUACCAGAAGUUGUGAUGGAGCCGCUCAGUCCAGGCGAGUGCAGCUCCACUGGUUCGGAAGCCAGCAAGUCCGAUCCUCUAAACGGGUAUACCAAAAAAAUCCCUUACUCCCACUCCGCCAUCCUCACACACACCCAAACCGACUCCUCCUCCGGCUGCUCCACCCCCAACUCAAUGAAGAACAACUGUAGCAGAUCUAGCAUAGAUGCGUCUGCACUUUCGUUCCUCAAAAAAUCGCUCUCGGUCAAUAGCGCGCUCUCAAAACACACGGCCAAGGCCGAAUGGUCGCUCUCUUUGGCUUACUUCACUUCAACUUUUCACCUAUUUUCACCAACAGACAAACUGAGAAGUGCUCAAGUUGACAAGGAAACGAUCGAGCGCUUAAUGGGGGCUGUGUCGUUCGGCUAUGGUUUGUUCCAGUUGGGGAUUUCCCUACUGCCGCCGUCCCUGCUCAGACUUACGAAUUUUCUGGGGUUUGGAGGCAACAGACAGAAUGGCAUUGCCUGUCUGAUGUAUGCAAGGGAAGGGAUUGACAUGAGGGCACCGCUAGCAACUUUGUCGUUACUUUGGUACCAUACUAUAGUUAGGCCGUUUUAUGCUCUUGAUGGCAGUAAUGUUCAAGCUGGGGUUAAUGCCGCCACUCAGUUGCUACAAGAAUCGGAAGGAGAGUAUGGACAAAGUGCCCUUUUUUUGUUUUUCAAAGGGCGGGUCAAUCGGUUAAAUAGCGACAUUCCCAACGCUUUGAAAUCCUUCCAAUCGUCAGUCGAGAACGCAACUCAGCGCGAAAUCAAAAUUUUGGCCCUUCAUGAAGUAGGUUGGUGCCAUUUGAUCCAACUGGAUUACUGUAACGCCGAAAACACUUUCUCGUAUUUGAAGUCUUGGAGUCGUUGGAGUCGCGCAUUUUACAGUUACUUGGCUGGGAUUUGUUGCGGUUCGUGUCGCAAUUCGAGCAGUUUGACCAACAUUAAGGAAAUCAAAACGGGAGUCACCCUUGGUACUAAGGGCAACCAACUGGAUGAGUUUCUCUCCCGACGUGCCAAAUGUUGUCCGUCCGAUGACGACGAACUGUCCACUUUGCCAGCCAUUUUUUGGAAAUUGCUAGUUUACGAAAUGCUUUAUUUAUGGAACGCUUUACCGAGCUGUUUACCGCAAAAUAUCGAACAGAUUAAACGAGACUGUGAGCAAGUGGGGGAUGGGAUGGAGCCGAUGUUGGGCUUGUCUAAGCUGAUUCUGGGCUGUUGUAACUGCAUUCAAAGGCAGUUUUCUGCAGGAAUUGCCAAUUUUCGGCAGUGUCUGGACUUGAGGAAAGGGUGUCCCAACAAUGCAGUCGAUGCCCAUGUUUCCGCUUUCUCGCAAUACGAAUUGGGGGCGUUGUUAAUUAAAACUAACGAAACGAAAGCUGAGGGUAAAUUGUUGCUUCAAAACAUAGCUCAGUACAAAGACUACGAUUUUGAGCAGCGGCUCAAUGUGAGAGUCCACUCAAUGCUGAAACAUCUGUAGACCAAGAACUAGUGACAAUAUUACGAAUUAAUGUAAUAUAACAAUAAUACCGAUUGCAAUAUUAAAGUAAUUUUAUACCUACAAUGUAGUGCACUUAAAUGACUUCAGUUGCUUUGAUUGAGUAUACGAGGGAAAUAGUUAAGUUCACCGCUUCAUUUAAUACAAAUCAAAUUUUUAUAACAUAAGGGGUGAGUAAAACGUAUACAGGGUGUGUUUAAAGCAAGGCAUAAAAUUCGUAAUCAAACAAAUGAAAAAACAGGUAACUUUGCACUUUAAUUGGGCUCAAAUUUGACGUGACUGGACGCAAUUUUUUAAUGGAACGAUAUCAUUUUUCUUGGUGCUACUUAUUUUGAAUAUAUAUAUUUUAUUUAUUUUUGAAAAAUAACAAUCACAAAUAAACUCGUUCUGUAUUUUUAUUCACCCCUUAUUUGCGCUAUUUGAAAUUUAUUGUUGCAUAUUUAUAUCCGUCCAAAAUUUGCACUUUUUUGAUUAUUAUAAUAACCAUUACCAUGAAUCCGUUAAAGCUAUAUUACUAUGUUAUGAUUAAACGAUAAGAAUAAAUGUUAUUAACCGA